CACGUUUGCAUCUAAUCUCAAACAAGGUCUUAUAAAUAGGACUAGGAAAUUUUGCAAAUCACACACAUAGACAUAGACAUACUCCUCCUUUAAUUUAAUUUUUUCUCUCACUUUUUAGGUACCCUUUUUUUUUGUGUGUGUGUGUUUUGCUUCCAAUUUUUUUCACAAACAUGUUGGAUUCUAUAGUGGAGUUCAUCACUCAAGCAGCUUCAAGUUCUGCAUUCAUUUUUUGCUUCUGCAAUUUGAUCAUAGUGUAUAUCUUAUUGGACUUGAAGCCUACCCUUAGUAGUAGUGUUCAGCAAGAAAAUAGUGAAGUCACUCCUUCCAUGGGAACAAAUCUUCAAAAACAAGAAACAAACUCGAAGUUUCUUGUCCAAAAGGAUACCGAGUUGCGAGCAAUACAAGUGUCAUAUGUCCGACAAGUCGAAGCAGAAGCAGAAGCAGAAGCAAAGCUAAUUGAAGUUGACAUCAUUGAGACUAUAGGCAACGAUGAAUGCUUCGUCGAAGAGGUGAAAAAAGAGGACGAGGAAGAAGAAAAAGAGGAGAAGGAGGAGGAGGACGACGACGAGUUAAGAAAACGGGUAGAAGAAUUCAUAGAGAAAGUCAACAAAGGAUGGAAAGAAGAAUUGUUGAUCACAUCAAGCUUGGUAUAAUGUUGUAAUAAUACCAAGAAA